AUGGGCUCGCACGCGUCAGCGACCGCUCCUAUGGCGGACUUCCACAUGACCGUCGACGAGCAGCAACAGCUUUUAAGCAACGCUCCCAUUCACAACAGCCUUGCGAGGCCUGACAGUGGUGAUCACAUCAACGAUCACGCACACCACGGCACACAAUACAUGACGCCGUUGUCGUCCCCGAUAAGUGAAGACCCAGCCGACACGACAACCGCGAGCCUCGCCAUCCAUGGCACAAGUGAACCUGCUCCUGCGUCAGCGGUGGCGGCCGUUGAGGCACCCUCGCCGGGGCGCGCCGCCCUCUCAUCGCUGAGCUGUCCUGACCAUUAUCGGCGUCGCCUGUUCGCCUCGUCGCGGCACGACUUGGACAACACCGUCGAGGAGUUCGUGCAGAGAGCAGCCAACGAUGCGGAUGUGCCGCCAGGCCUCCUAGGAUUUCUACAGAGACAGCGGCAGCACCAGCCACAAGAGCAGCUGCGCCAGGAUCCCCAACCAGGGCUCUCACCGCUGGUGUCGACCUCCUCCGUGAACUCAGUACGAAGUGUUGCUCAGACAACCCCCCCGCGGCAGUCGUUCGCACUUCCCUCGCAGGAUCUCGACUCGACCGCGGCUUGCAAGGCGGCAACGGCGCCGAUGGCAGUGAAUAGAGACGACAGCGACGUUCUCCUCCAUAGCCACAACAGUAGCGGCAGCGGUGGCACACAGGUCUACGGGCUAACCAAGCUCGCCCCCUCAGACCCCUCGAGCGGCUUAGCGGAGGAGGACGAGGAAGAGGGCCCGACUUUCAGCGUCGUUGGUGGUGGUGGCAACGGUCAUGUGCGGCCAAGACUAACAGCGGGGAUGAAGACAGCGAGGCUCCUUGCAGCACCCCUGCCUAAGCAGCGCCACUGCAGUAGUCAUCGCAUGACCGCACCGUCGGUCAACUCUCAAAGCACAAGGGAACUGCGGCAGCUCUGCACCUCUGCACUGCAGCGUCGCGACAGUACCAUCACAGGCGUGUACCAGGGCAUCAGCAGCGGCGGCGGUGCCGCCGCUUCCACCGCCCGCUGCGACUCAACCGCUUCCCUUAUGAGACUGCAACGCUCGCACCAGCCGGUGCCUUGCACUGCCACCGUAAGCGGCGUCACCUUGCCGGUCGUCUUUCGGUUUCUCGCCAUCCGGUCAUGCUCACAGCCGGACUCCGUGCCUCGAGUACUGCCGGCAUCCGACAGCUCACCACUCCCAACGACAAGCGGUAACACCGGCAGAGCACUCGCUGAUCGUCUUUACGAGGUCCCUGGAGUGCUGCGCCAACGUGUUCAUCCGCCAGCCUUGUCCGCCUCCGUCAUCGCCUUCCCUGCCUCGCUGGCGCAGUCAUCUCCGCGGGGCAUUGACACCUCAGCGGGCAAGCGCUUCGCCGUUGCCGACGUGCAGAAACCCACACAGGUAGCUGACGAAAAAGCCUCAAAAGGCCACUCUUGCGUGCCGCUACCGCCUCUGCUUCAGCUCUCCUCGGUCGCGACUCGCGCGUCCACACAAUCAUCGGCGUCGGCGCAGCUCUUCGGCGGUGCCACGGCGACAAACGCCACGAUCCUCAGCAGCAUCAGCAUCACCGACAUCCCCUCCACGAAUUUGUCGUCUUCGGUAGCUGCUGCGUGCGGCAGGCAGGCGCCGACCUCAGACUAUGCAACAAGGGAGUCGUACAGUAGCCUUGGUGUGUCGUACCACCACCAGCAGCCGCGCUUCCGCCGAGCCCAACUCGGAAGCGUGAGCAGUCAUAGCAGGAGUGCCGCCAAGCCGCCGGCGGCGGCCGGCCUCAGUGACAUCGUGACUGCUGGGAGUAUAUCGGGUCGGCGGUCUUCUUAUGGGGAGACGGAUCCGUCGCUGACGGCAGGCGUGGUGUGGUUCGGGAUGUUCUCCUCGUACGCCCCAUCGGUCACCUCACCCACCGCAGACACCCCCACUAGCACGACCAACUACUGCUACAGCUGCGCGAGCAGCUCCAUUGCCGGGUGA